UUGUAUAGAUCCUGUUAGGAGCGCAAAUUGUAUCAUAACUUGUACAAUUCAUUCCAUAACAAGACCUAGAUACCUUCAAUCACCGCUACAGGUGGCUUCGAUUUGUUAUCGAUUUUGUAUUUAUCUUUAACGCUGAUACUCCCAUACUCGGAUCAACCCACACCUCGAAGUGCCAUAAUCUCGCACUAUUGAUGAAACAAUAUUCACCCGUUAUUUAGACACGUUUCCUAUUCACCAGAUAGCAUCAGACAUUAGCAACCCCAUUUUCUUCGCUUUUCAUUACUCCAUCCAAUGGACGACGUCAUCUACCUUGAUUCGCCGGUUGUGAAUGGCGCUGCAGAGUCGCCGACCUCUGAAGACCAUUACCUUGUCUACUUCAUCUCAGGGAACCCAGGCUUGAUUUCCUAUUAUACAAAGUUCAUGUCCCAUCUCCAUAAACAGCUACAAAGUCAUCACAAGCAUGCGAGAUUCACAAUAUCAGGCCGUAGUCUUCAUGGCUUUGAGGUGCAAGAGAAAAGCAGAAUAGAGGGCAAGGAGCCGCCAUACAGCCUCAACGAGGUGAUUGAACUGGCAGAAAAAAGUCUCCAAGAUCAUGCGGGGAAGGCGUCAAGUCAACUUGAUGGAAAAAAACCGAAGGUUAUCUUGGCUGGUCAUUCCGUUGGGGCGUAUAUCUUGCUUGAGCUGAUCCGGAGGCAUCGAUCCCGUCUGGCAGAAACCGGUAGCCAUGCAGAAGAUGAAACAAGAAUAGUGGGAGGCAUUUGUUUGUUUCCUACUGUGGCCGAUCUACCAUCGAGUAAGAGGGGCGCGAUAUUGAAUGCAUUGGCCCGCUUCCACUACGCCUCCGCCGUAGCUAUGCUUAUACUCACCCUUUUCGCUUCCCUCCUUCCCGCCUCUCUUUCAACCUCCCUCGUCCAGCUUUUUACAGGCAUGCCACCUGACUCCACCACCAUCACUGCCGCGUUCAUCAAGAGCCCGCAUGGCGUCCGUCAGUCGCUCCAUCUGGGCCUGGAUGAAGUCAAGCAGAUCACCACCGACAAAUGGGACGCGGAGAUCUGGGGCGCUGCACACCCCUCUCCCGUGGGGAGGCGGCCAAAGUUGUUUUUUUACUUCGGGGAGAAUGAUCAUUGGGUGGCGGAUCGGACGAGGGAUGAUUUGAUUCGGAUCAGAGGAAGGGGCAAACAUGGAGGGGAGGAGGAGUGGAGGCCAAAGAUGGAGGUGGAUGGGAAGGGGAUUCCGCAUGCGUUUUCGAUUAGGCAUGGCAUUCCGAUUGCGGAGAAGGUCGCGGAGUACGUGGGUGAGAUUGUUCAAUGCGAGAGGCUUUGGGAUAGAACACGGACUGGGCAUACCUCGGGGCUUAGAACCAUUUAACAAGACUAGAUGAAGAAUAUAUCCUAUUCCGAUAGACAUGUCUAGGCUCUAAUCGCUG